AAUCCGAAAUCUUCUCUGCCUCUCUCUUUAAAAAAAAUUAAUAAACAUAAACAACAAAAGCAAAAAGCCGAAGACUCGUUCUAUUGAAUUGUAGCGCACUCGAACUUCAUACUCGAAAAGGAAUAUUUGUAGAGCAGAUUACUCAAAAGUCAAUUUUCCAAUUCUCGAAUCGCAUCCUUGAAAAUUUGAAGAGAAUCACAAAUGCGAACGCCAUGUUCCCACACCUUUCUAGCAUUCAUCCUCAAAUUCCUGAAUUUCCUCACCGCAUUUGUGGGUGUAGUCAUAAUUAUAUACUCUGCAUAUGUGCUUAAUCAAUUGCAGCACCACCAAAACCCAUUUCCUCCGCCGAAUCAAUCCGGAUUCCGCCCUAACUCCGGCGUCUUUAACCCGGACGAUGCGCUCAGCUCCAAUUUCACCUCCCUCCCAGCUCCUUGGUUUACAUAUGCGUUUAUGGGAAUCGGGAUUUUGACAUGUUUCAUCAGUUUUAUUGGAUUCAUUGGCGCGGAGGCCAUCAGCGGCUGUUGUCUUUGCUUUUAUGCCGUACUCACAACCAUAUUCAUUUUAUCUGAAGUGGGUUUGGUGACCUUCAUUGCUCUUGAUCACCAAUGGGAGAAGGAUAUCCCAUCUGAUCCCACUGGAGAAAUCGACACCCUGUGGACCUUUAUCAAAGAGAAUGCUGAUGUGUUUAUGUGGGUCGGCAUUGUAAUUGUUACUAUACAGGUCCUAUCUGUACUUCUUGCGAUUGUACUGAGAUCCUUGGUUUCUAGUGAGAAUGAAGACGACGAUAUUGAGGGAGAGUAUGGUUUCCGCAAGAGCACUAGGGAACCAUUGCUGAGUCCAUAUUCAGGCCAAGCAUCUGGUUCAACUAGAGGUGAUUCUGAUAUCUGGAGUUCAAGAAUGAGAGAAAAGUAUGGACUUAAUACCAGCAGUGACACAAAACCAAAAUUUGGUGAAUCCAAAAGCAUCAGCUGAUGUUACGAAGUGUCGGUGAGAAGCAAAUGAAGAGCAGUAGUGGUGUGUAUUUCCUCUGCGAUCAGCUUUAUAUGACAUUUAUUCUUUAUACUACUCCAUGAUUUAGUGAGCUCGGCGUAGAUAGGGUUUGUUCUCGCAGCUGCGUGGUGUAUAUUGAUCCAAGAAUUGUGUGGAUGACUACUGUCAUCGUUGUAGAAAAAGGAAGACAAAUUGUAACUUUUUAGUGUGCUUUUUGUUUUUCUGUGAAAAGUGUUGAGGACCAA